AUGGUGAUGUGGGUUCAGUUCCCGGCCUUUCCAGUGCAUUUCUAUCACAAGGAGAUCCUUUUCUCUCUAGGGAACAUGAUCGACCGAGCAAUCAAGUUGGAUUUUCACACUCAACAUCAACAACGAGCUAAAUUCGUAAGGAUCGCUGUGGAGCUUGAUCUUUCCAAACCUCUGGUGACACGCAUUCGACUAGAUGGGCAAUGGCAAUACAUCGAAUAUGAAAAUCUGCCAGCGUGUUGUUUUGAGUGCGGAAGGAUUGGCCACAUGUCGCUUUGUUGUCCUAGCUUGCUACCGACAGUGCAAAAUCAACAUGUCGGGGCCAGAGGGUCCUCACCGGAAAAUUUUCCGGGGACGUCGCCAGAAGAGAAGGAAGGGUAUGGCCCUUGGGUGCAGGUUACGCAGCGUUCAAGGCGAGCAAACCGAAAUUCUGAAAAAUGA